CUUAUCAAAAACGUGCACAAGUUGGUGUAUACAGGGUACAGAGAUACGCGAGUGCAGAUAUAGAAUGGUGCAGAUAUAGAAUAGUGCAGAUAUAGAAUAGUGUAAUAAAAAAUAGAAAAAUAAAACCAAAACAAAAGGAACGCCACUGUGUAUUUUACGGAAAAUUAUACCAUAUAAAACAAGAACGUAUAAAAAGAGCCUCCCAAUUCCUGAACUACUUAUAAUGUUUAAACCGCUAAAAUUAUCUGCGGGCAGACUGUGAUUUUCAUUUUGUUCAAACAAUGGUGAUUUCCAUGCAACGCUGGGUGGGAAAAGUGGCAAUAGUGACAGGUGCCAGUGCCGGAAUCGGCUCGGCAAUUGCUGCAAAACUGGUGGAAAAUGGCAUGAUCGUAGCUGGAUUAGCCAGAAGAAAAGAAAAAAUAGAAGAACUAAAGAAAAACUUAGGAGCAAAUAAAGGAAAUCUACAUGCAAUAAAAUGUGAUGUAGGCAACGAAAAUGAUAUUUUGAGUGCUUUCAAAUGGAUAACAGCCAAUCUGGGGCCAGUUCAUGUGUUGGUUAAUAAUGCAGGAAUAAUUUUAUCAACAACGUUGUCAGAUGGAGAUACAGAAAGCUGGAGAAACGUUAUAGAUACAAAUGUACUGGGUGUCCUGAUAUGCGCAAGAGAAGCCAUAAAAAUAAUGAAGUCGAAGAAUAUUGCAGGCCAUAUUAUUAACAUGAACAGUAUUUUGGGUCACACUAUACCAAAUGCUUUUGUCGAAGCAAAUAUAUACCCAGCGACCAAACAUGCUGUAACCGGACUGACAGAGAGUCUACGAUUGGAAUUGGCAACAAAAGACAGUCCAAUUAGAGUGACAAGUAUCAGCCCUGGAGCUACAGAAACAGAGCUAUCCAAGAGUAGUGCAGAGCUGCUUGAUGGUGUUUUUGUCGAAGACAAAAUGCUACAACCGGAAGAUAUAGCAGAUGCAGUCGUUUAUGUGAUAUCUACACCUACACGAGUGACAAUAAAAGAGUUGAUUAUAAAACCGACAACAGAAAAAUUUUGAAAUGUAUGGAUGAUUAAGUAUUAGUAAAAUAAAAAUAAAAACCAACAUU